CCGCGACGCUUCCCCGGGGUCCAGGCCGCGCUCGAUCGGCGGCUCCGCCGGCUCCCCCCUCACGUGUCCCGGGCUCCCAGCUGGGGAAGAAGGGAGGGGAAGAGGGGGAAGGGGAGGGGGGGAGAGGAUCGCUCUCGCUCUCCUCCUCACAUGACCCGAGUGUUUGUCCCCGUGAUCAGCGCCUCGGCUCCCGUGUCUCCUCCGCGUCCCCUCUGCCUCCAUCCGGCGUGAGAUUUAAACUCACCCGCCCCCCUUCCUCUCCCUCUUCUCCUUCCCUCCCCCCCGCCCCGGCCUGGUGCUGAGGGGCCUCCCCACCCCUCUCCUUCCCCCCUUCCCCUCCCCCCUCCCCCCUCUCCCCCCAUGGACAUGCUGGAUCCCGGCCUGGACACAGCCACCGCCUCCGCUGCUCCCAGCCACGAGAAAGGACAAGAAGUUGAAGAAGGAGUCGAGCUGCAGGAAGGGGACGUCACGAACGCGGAUGAGCAGACAGCAGUGGCUAUUGCUAGUGUCCAGCAAGCAGCCUUCACAGACCACAAUAUCCAGUACCAGUUCCGCACAGAGAACAAUGGAGGACAGGUGACAUACAGAGUGGUCCAGGUGACGGACAGUCAGCUGGAUGGACAGACGGACGCGACGGGAGCUGUCAGCGUGGUCUCGACAGCAGCCUUCGCCGGGGGCCAGCAGGCUGUCGCUCAGGCUGUGAUCCAGAACCCGUUCAGCAAUGGCGGGAGCCCGGCCGCAGACGCAGUCAGCGGGGAGGCCCGUUUCGCGUAUUUCCCCGCCUCCACGGUGGGGGAUGCCACGGCCGUGUCAGUUCAGACCACGGAUCAGUCGCUGGCACAGGCUGGAGGCCAGUUCUACGUGAUGAUGACGCCCCAAGACGUGUUGCAGACGGGGACGCAACGCACCAUCGCUCCCCGCACCCACCCGUACUCCCCGAAGAUGGAUGGGACGCGGACGCCCCGCGAUGAGAGGCGGCGAGCCCAGCACAACGAAGUGGAGAGGAGGAGGCGGGACAAAAUUAACAACUGGAUUGUCCAGCUAUCAAAAAUCAUUCCAGACUGCAACACUGACAACAGCAAGACAGGCGCGAGCAAAGGGGGCAUCCUGUCGAAGGCCUGCGACUACAUCCGGGAGCUGCGCCAGACCAACCAGCGCAUGCAGGAGACCUUCAAGGAGGCCGAGCGGCUGCAGAUGGACAACGAGCUGCUACGGCAACAGAUCGAGGAGCUGAAGAACGAAAACGCCCUCCUCCGAGCACAGCUGCAGCAGCACGGCAUCGAAACCGUGGGCGACACCCCGGGGCAGUAACUGCUUCUUCAUCACCACCACGUCGUCCUCCUCCUCCUCACCGGAUCUCCGCCCUUCCCCCGCCUCCUUCCAUCCCUUCUGCCCUCUGUCUGGUGCAAAGAGACCUCCCCGUGUUAACGCCGCGCGGCCAAACUCGACUUGGGGGGGGGGGCGCUGGGGUGGCAGCCACACGGCCGGCCCCCGCUUUGCCUGCCCCCUCCUCUGAGCCCCACUGGCUCCCUCCCCAUCUGCCCCCUCCCCCCCACGUAGGAAAUAUUAAGAUUAAAGCAAACAAACUGCGUUUUUUUAUAGUAGGUUUUUAACACAGGAUAGCAGCCCUGCCCCCAGCCCAGCCAUGGGUUCGAAUCCUCCCCCUUCCGGCUUAAAAGUGGUAGCAUCACCGUGGCACCUCCCCGUCCGAUCCUACCGUUCAAGCCGCUGCCCGUGUCUCUCAGGCAGGUAGCUACACGGCUGAAGUUGGCGUUUGGGGGGGGGGUUCUGUGGCGGCCCCCCCGUUUUGGACACUCAGCGGGGUUUAUUUUUCCUCCGCUGGCAGCGAACCUCUGAAAAAAUCCCACCCCUUUGAAAAUGUAGCAACUCAGGGGGCAGGAAUGGGCCCAUCCCAAAUCACUAGCCCAGUUCGGCAACUUCUAGCCAGCUGACGCGGCUCGGGUUCGAUCGAAUCCCCUCGCGUCUCACCAGCCGAGCAAUUCAGUUAAAACCCAUGUGGCCACCGGACCUUCCAAAGGUGGCUAGCGGGUUGGUAGCUCUUAUUUUUUCCCCUGCCUGUCAAAUCGCAGCUACCUUUUCCAAGAGGUCUGAUUUCCAGGGGGGGGGCUUUCGGAAAACCCUCUCACGGCAUCUCCUGUCGGGCAGCCGGAAAAAGAGACACGCAACAUCGCUAGCCAGUUCUCUUCCUAAAACCGUGGCUGUCUCGUGUGUCCACUCGUCCGAUCUGUUCUUCGUCCCCCGUUCUCUUGUAAUUAUGUUUUGAGCAGAGGGAAGUCGGAGUGAAAACCCGAACAGCUUCCCUGGUUUAUUUUAAUUUUUUUUUUUUUGUAAUUAAUCUGUAUUUUAUUUUUUAGUUCCAAAUGCAUUUGUAUAGAGGUACGUCGUCUGUAUCAUAACUUGAGCCCGGAAAGUUUAAUAUUUACCAAGGUCGACUAAAUGCUUGCUUUCUGUGGAGGGUUUUUUGCAUAUAUAUAUACACACCUAUAUAUAAUUUUUUAAAAACAACAACAAUUCAGUGGUCGAUCUCGCAAUAUUUGGGUCAGAAUCCGGAGAUCUCUUCAGUUCCCUUUUCUCGACAUCUUCAAUUUGGCUUUAUUUCUCUUCUCCAAGCACGAUAUUUUUUUUUGGCUUUUUGGUUAUUUUUUUUUUAAAAUAAGCAUGGCUCUAAAAAAAACAAAUACGCAAAAACCAACAAAAAAAAUUGAUAAUAGCGAGCUUUUAGCUUUGGGUUUUUUUAUAUACCGGCAAAAAAAAAAAAAAAAGAGAGAAGCGAGACUUUCAGAGGGAGUUGGAAAUAUUGGGUAUCCUUUUCGUCCUGGUCCCCGCGGAACGUAGGAAUGAGCGAAUCAAGGAAAGGAAAAAAAAAAGGCGAAUCAGAUUUAAGGAAAAGAAAAGGAAAAAGUGGCUUGUGUUGAAUUGCAGAGUUUGAAUGCUGGAAAGUAGCAAAUUAAUUCUGUUUAUAUAUAAAAGAGGAGAAAAACUGCACAGACGUAA